CAACAAAUCAACGACAUCCAAACCGUGACUGUAUGGAUAACGGGCUGGUUUCAGAAGCCUAAGAGUGAGUGGUUUGUGGGGGCACAGCAGUUCGUCAUUAGUGGGUGCCGUAGGUAACUGUUGCGACAACGAACGUCCAACGGAUCCGGCUAUUUUCAGUUUCUUGCAUAGACUAGAGACGCGCAACACAUCGGAUGCAUGCCGAAUGACGAUCAACUUUAGGGUUAUUUUGUGCUAGAACUAGUGCUACCUAUCUCACAUACGUGCUCGGUCCGCAACACAGCUAAGGACUCAAGGAGCUAGACACCAAAAACCACAGGCAGUCAGGCAUGAGUUCAACUCCUUCGGGCAUGGUCGAUGCCCGGCAACGUGCGCGGGCACUCGACCAGAGCGAUGCGCUCGCAUCAACCCGCGGCGAGUUCAACAUCCCGACGGGAGCUCAGAUUGCGAGCUCGCGCUUGUCGGACCCAGGACCAGCAUCCGCCGAGUCUGAGUCUGGUCAAGGCCGUGACGAGACUGCCGAGUGCGUCUACCUGUGUGGCAACUCGCUAGGACUGCAGCCCAAAAGGACCCCGGCUCGUAUUGGCCAGUUUCUCGCCACAUGGGCAGCCCACGGCGUCCAGGGGCACUUCAAGCCUCUCAACGACUCCCCGCUCCCCAGCUGGGUCGACGUUGACGCGAGAGCCGCCGAGCUGGUGGCGCCCAUUGUAGGUGCUGCCAAGUCCGAGGUCGCCGUCAUGCAGACCCUCACGGCCAACCUCCACCUCCUGAUGUCCGCAUUCUACCAUCCCGACAUCAACGGCAGGCACAAGAUCAUCUUAGAGAGCAGAGCUUUCCCGAGCGACCAUUUCGCCGUCGAGACGCAGCUCCGGCAUCAUGGCCUCACGCCAGAGACGUCCAUGGUGACCAUCCAGUCGCCGUUUUCCGAGGACAACGUGCUCAGUUCCUAUGACAUAAUGUCUGUCAUUUCCACCCAUGCCGCCUCUACCGCCCUGAUCCUCCUGCCGGGCAUCCAGUACUACACGGGCCAGCUGCUGGACAUACCCGUCAUCACGGCCUUUGCCCACAAGCACGGCAUCUUCGUCAUCUGGGACCUCGCCCAUGCCGUCGGCAACGUGCCCCUCUCCCUGCACGACUGGGACGUGGACGCGGCCGCCUGGUGCUCGUACAAGUACCUCAAUGGCGGCCCCGGCUGCAUUGGCGGCCUGUUUGUGCACGAGCGCAACAGCCUCGUGACCAAGGCCGUGACCGACGACAAGCCCGAGGAGGGCUACAGCAACCGCCUCGCCGGCUGGUGGGGCAACGACAAGCGCACCCGCUUCGCCAUGGCCAACAAGUUCCACCCCGUCGGCGGUGCCGCCGGCUUCCAGCUCAGCAACCCAAGUGUGCUCGACAUCACCAGCCUGACUGCCUCCCUCGAGGUCUUUGCCCUGGCCGGCGGCGUGCCCGCCCUGCGCAAGAAGUCCCUGGCCCUGACCGCCUUCCUCGAGAGCCUGCUGCUCGGCGCCAUGUCCGCCGACCACAGGACCCUCUUCCGCAUCAUCACGCCGUCUGACCCCGAGCAGCGCGGCGCCCAGCUGAGUCUGCUCCUACCCCCCGGCAUGCUGGAAACCGUCAUGAAGGAGCUCGAGGCUCGCUCCGUGAUUGUGGACGAGCGGAAGCCAGACGUGAUUCGCGUCGCCCCCGCCCCCCUUUAUAACACGUUCAGUGACUGUGUCGAGUUUGUCGAGGCGUUCUCUACGGCGCUCGAGGCUGCGAAAGGCGCCAAAGCAGGGUAAGGCUAGAGUGUGGUAAAGGGCUCUCAUGGUAGAAUAGAGACUGGGUUUACCUCAUCUUGGCCGCCUUUGGGGUGCUAUGGAAGA